AUGAGCUCGGACAAGAUAGGAGGCUACCUCAACGAUCUUUCAAAGGUCCGUCCGACCCCCCGCAUGAUCCAGAGGGUUCGGUCGAGCUUCAGGAAGUCGAAGCAAAGGUCCAACAAGGCUGCCAAGGCAGCGGCUGAGAUGCUGGCGAUGGACUUACGGGAUCAGAGGCUCAUCAGGGGGAUCAACGGAAGGAUGAGCUCAAUGCAGACCUACACUACGAUCGUGGCGGUAGUCUCCAUCUUCCUGGGGAUAAUGACGAAUGAGCUGUGUGUUGCGGGAGAAUAUCGACUGUAUCACACCAACGAGCAAUUUGUGGAGGAGAUGAGUAAGGAGAGGUGUAACCAUGCAAACGCUGUGGAGGCUUGUAAGUUCAUCCAGACAUUCCUGACCAUCUGUCUACUUUCUUUGAUUGUCCUCCAAUUCCGACUCGGAAUUCAGCUGGGGAAAGCAAAGCAAGGACUGGUUGACCGCAAGCACAAGGAGACACGGAAUGAAGGGAGCGACAUUCAGUUCGUGACGUGGCGUAUGAGGAUGAAACUAGCUAGCGAGCUCAUUCUAUGCAGCAUCCACACGUUGCCGUUGAUCAACAACAGCAUCAGGGUCGAAAUGCUCGGUCAGAGAGUUUACUAUCGCAUCGAUUCGCUCCUGUGCGCCAUCCAGCUGCUGCGGGUGUACCAUGUGUUCAGAGCGAUGAAGUUGACAGUCUUCUACAAAUAUUUCAAUAUGGAAGAGAGCUUCAUGCUGAGGGACGAACAAACUCUCAAGAUGCUGCAAGACAGUCAGACGAGGUUUGGAAUCUUGUCGUUUAAGGUUGCAAUUUCCAGGCAUCCAUUUGCGAUGAUAUCGACGGGUGCUUUCUUCAUGAUAUGCGUUGUGACCUAUCUCUUCCGAAUCGCUGAGGGCCCUGCCAAUCAGCCUCAUUCAGCAUAUAUCUGGGAUCAGGUGCAGGCUGGCUCUUGCUUCAAGAAUUCCUCUCACUAUCCAUCGACAGCUUUGGUUCAUAUUCGUCACUUUGACAACUACAGAUUUGCAGCUGUUUGCACCAUGGGAGUUGGUCCGAUCAUCGUUGCCUUCAUGACUGGUCAAGUUCAAGCUUUCACCUUCCAUCACAAGGACUUUGAGCCUGAGCACCUUCGAGUCGUAUAUGAUGUACAAGAUGGUGAUGGUGUCAUGACUGUCGUCGGAUGGUACGCUGACAGAGAUGUGUCGAAACAGGACUGCAAUCAUCUUCGUUUCAAGGUUCUCGAGUCAGCUGCUCGCAUACUUCAGUUUUGGUGGAGGGCCAAGAAGCUGAGAGACUUCGAGGUCCAUGGGAACCAUUACUGGCGGAACAGCUCCUUCUACCUCGCCAUCGGAAAUCUCAAGAGGUUUCACGAGCAGCACAACAACAACGUCCAUCACCAUGCCGACGUCUCAGAUCAACAAUCAGGCCAGAAGUUCGUUCCUGCAAUGAAGAAGGCGAGGGCACCCUGCAACUUGCAACUCCCACCAAGAGAUGAAGAGACGAAGAGGGAGAGGCUGCCGCACGCCGAUGUUGACAUCAAGAGGCUGUUGAACUUGAUCAUCGAAGUCAAGGACGGCAUGGAGACAAUGCAGGACGAGAUGCAGUCGCUGCGAGAAAAAGUGGACCUCCUCCUCUUGAACCAGCCAACUGCCCACCGUGCCACCGCCGACUCCUCCUCCUCCUUCCUGCAACCUACUCAUACCGCCUCACUGCAGUCCUCCGCGACCGAGGACGACAGGGUAAUCCAGACACUGGGGAGGAGGUACGCGAGGGAGUAUCACGAUCUGAAGCCUGCAAUCUCCCUACCACCACGUGGACGCUCCCUACCACCACGUGGACGCUCCUCUGUAUCAGCUCGAACUGAGCUGGGGGUUGAUGGAAACUCGGGCAGUUUCCUGCUCAACAGAGACAACGACGUUGUGCUCUACAGGCACGCGAUGAGGGAGCGAGACUGGAGGGCAGGCAGCGAGCCAGUGGAGACUUCCUCUAAGAUGUCCUCGGAGCAAGAGGACCCUGGAAGGAGACUGGAAGACAGGAGGCCGCGGGCAAGCUCUGAACCUCCUACCUCCAACCUCGUGCACUGGGAAAGAAAGUUUGACAGGUAA